UGCUAGAAGAAAGAACAAGAAGGGUAGAUGUUCAAAUGGUGGUGUUUCGAUCGAAGAUGAAGAAGAAGUGUAGAAGGGCAUUUUGGGUAAGAGGAAAAGAGGCUAUAGGGGUAAGUUUUGAGCAAGAGGAAUAUGUAGGUGGUGGCCGUGGUGCUCGACCGGAGAUGGUGGUUUAG